AUGGCCGCCAGGGCGUCGCGCAAAUACUCGUUUGUCGCAAGCAUCGGCGCAGUGGCGGGCCUGGCGCUCUGCUGCGUCCUGUCCAUCGUCGGCAACUCGCCGUCGCUGCCGACCAGAGAGCAGCGACGGGCAGCGGAGGGGCACGCCUGUGAGCGGGUGCUGGUCUGCGUGCUCGCCCAGACGCGGGGCCACCGCGUCACCUGGCCAAACUACAAGUCCCACUUCCUCGACAAUCUGUGCCCCGGCUCGCCAGAGAUCGUGGACCUGGCGCUGGCUGUCGCCCAGGAGGCCAACACCACCGGCAACGGCUUCUACGCGCACGCCCGCUACGUCUGGACCUACCCCGAGGUCGACGACUGGGGCGCCGCGUUCGACGACAUCCAGCGGCGCAGCAACUGCAGCGGCGACUGGCGCAAGCUGCUGCAGCUGGGGGACCAGUGGCUGGGCGGCAUCCGCGACGAGCGCCACCAGCACCCCGGGUCCGCCGCCAUCCUGCUCUUCUUCCGCUGGCUGCUGCUGCACAACCUGGCGGCCGGCGGCCUGCUGUCGCGCUACGACCGCUUCAUCGUCACACGCUCCGACUACUUUUACGGUGUGCUGCAUCCGCCCCUCAGGGUGCUGCCGCCGCAGCACAUCUGGAUCCCCGACGGCGAGGGCUGGAGCGGCGUCACCGACCGGCAUAUCGUGAUUCCGCGGGCCCACGUGGCCGCUGUGCUGAGCCUGCCGACCGACAUGGUGUGCGACAGCGAGGCGCUGCUGGAAAGCAUGGCCCACAAGUCCAACUGGAACCUGGAGCAGGUCAUCAAGUUCCAGCUGGAAAGGAAGGGGCUGUGGCCGCUCACCCGCUUCUACCCGUACGUGCCGUUCACCACCCGGGAGCCGGACGAGGCGUCCCGCUGGUUUGGGGGCGCCUAUGUCGAGGAGGCGGGCAUGGUGAUCAAGUACCAGUCUGAGUAUGAGAGGCACAAGUACUUCCGGGAGAUCAUCAGGAGCAACCAGGACUGGGAGCGGUACAUGCAUGAGCAUGCCAACGACACUCUGCUGGCUGUCCUGGUCGUGAGCUACUUGGAGCAGAGCGGCUACCGGAAGACGGCGGCCAGCUUCAGGCGCGAGGCCAAGGCGUUCUUCCGUGGCGUGGCUUCUGCGCCGCCGCCGCCUGGGGUGCGCAGCCUGCUGGAUCUGCUGAACGAGUAUGUGCAGCUGAAGGAGCGCAGCACGCGGCGGCUGGCCCUGGCAGGGCGCAACCCGCUGGCCGCGCGCCUGCUGGCUGCGCUGGAUGCCGAAGCCGGCGAGCAGCAGGGCGCGGUGGAGGCCGCGGCGCAGGCGGAGCAGGCCGCGCAGGCGGCGCAGCAGCAGGCCGCGGUGGCGGCGCAGCAGGCGCAGGCGCAGUGGCUGCGCGAGCAGCAGGCCGGGGCGCAGCCGCCGCAGGCCGCCAUGCCGCACCAUUUCGUGCCGCUGGGACAGCACGCCCACUUUGCCGCGCAGGCAGGCGGCCAGCUCUACGCAUCCAGUGCCGCGGCGGCGGGCCGCCAGGGCGCCGUCACGCCGGGCAGGCAGCGCAAGGGCGCGCCCCGCAAGCGGCAGCGCGGCGCGGCCAGCCCCGCGGGCGGCGGCGGUGGCGCCGGCGCCGGCUUUGGCUUGCUUGGGGAGGUGGGGGAGGCUGGCGGCAGCGGCAGCGGCUGGGGCUCUCCUACGGACCUCCUCAACCUGCAGCUGGAUGCAGAAGGGCUGGAGGCUUUGCUGGAUGAUGGACCGCUGCAGCUGCGUUUCGCCGAGAACCUGGCGCAGCACAUCAACGACAACCUGGGAGGCGGCCAGGGCGGCGUGAGCUUCGCGCUGGACAGGCCGGGGUCGGGCAGCGGCAGCGGUGCGGGUGAGGUGGCGCCCCGUGCCGCCGCCGACGCGGGCGGCGGCGACUCUGGCGGCCAGGGCGGUGCCCGGGGCAGCCCCGACGGCGGCUUCAUGGCAGAGCUGCUGGCUGACCCGCAGAUGGUGCUGGCAGAGCUUCCCGCAGAUCCGCUGAUGGCUGAAGUGCUGCAGGCGGUGGUGCGCCCCUCAGCUGCCUCGCCCACGCCGCCAUCGGCAGGAGCGGGCUCCCGCCCCGCCUCGCAAGCGGCGGACCGGUGGCACCAGGUGGCGGCGGCCGGGGCGGUGGCGGCGCCUGCGCACGCCGCGCCGGCGCCCCGCGGGCGGCGCCAGAAGCAGCAGGCCCCGCGGGCGGCCAGGCCAGGCAGCCGGCAGCAGCAGCGGCAGGAGGGCGGGCAGGAGGUGGGCGAGCGGGUGCAGCAGCAGGGCACGCCCCCGGUGGCGGCAGAGGUGGUGUUGCCGAUUGUUUCCCUAGAGUCGCCACCGCAGCCGCAGCAGCUGGAGCAGCAGCAGCAGCAGAACAAGGAGCCCCAGCAAGAGCUGCAGCAGCAGCAGCGGCAGCAGGAGCAGGAUCCAGCUCCGCCGCCGUCCCUGCCUGGGUCCCUAGGAGGGCAGCCCGGUGAGGCACGGCCAGAGGCGCCGGAGCCGCCAGCCGGCGGCGGGCAGGCAAGCCAGGCAGAUGGCUUGCCCGCCCAGCAGCAGCAGGCUCUCGGCCCGCCGGCCACACGGGAGGUGCAGCAGCAGCCGGUGGCGGCGGCGGCGGCAGGGCCCUCCACACAGCAAGGCGCCGCUGGCGGCGCCAGCGGCGGCGGCGCAGCGGCAGGGCCCGCGCCAGCGGCGCGGCCCCGCAGCCAGCAGGUGCUGCUAGACUCUGGCCUGCUGGCUGGGCGGCCGAGCAGCGCCAGCAGCCCUGCGAAGCACGGGCCCAGCCUGCCCACCAGCCCGGUGGCGGCAUCGAGCAUCCUCGAUAGGGCGGCUGGCAUGGCCCAUGCGACCGACCCCACGCAGGCGGCUGCCCAGCGGCUGCUGUGCGGGCUGGAGGGCCUGGGGCCUGUGGAGGUGGCUGCCAGCGAGGACCAGAUGCUGCAGGACAUCGACGACCUGUUCUAA